AUGCAGAUCUUCGUUAAGACCCUCACUGGAAAGACCAUCACGCUCGAGGUCGAGUCCUCAGACACUAUUGACAACGUCAAAUCCAAAAUCCAAGAUAAGGAAGGAAUCCCUCCUGACCAGCAAAGACUCAUUUUCGCAGGUAAACAAUUGGAGGACGGAAGAACCCUUUCUGACUACAACAUUCAGAAGGAGUCCACUUUGCACUUGGUUCUCAGAUUGAGAGGUGGUAUGCAAAUUUUCGUCAAGACCUUAACUGGUAAGACUAUUACCUUGGAGGUUGAGUCAUCGGACACCAUUGACAAUGUUAAGUCUAAAAUUCAGGACAAGGAGGGUAUCCCACCUGACCAACAAAGACUUAUUUUCGCUGGUAAGCAGUUAGAGGAUGGCAGAACGUUGUCUGACUACAACAUUCAAAAGGAGUCGACUCUCCACUUGGUGUUGAGAUUGAGAGGAGGUAUGCAAAUCUUUGUCAAGACUUUGACCGGAAAGACCAUUACUCUUGAGGUUGAGUCUUCGGACACGAUUGACAACGUCAAGAGCAAGAUCCAGGACAAGGAGGGCAUUCCACCAGACCAGCAGAGAUUGAUUUUCGCCGGUAAGCAGCUGGAAGACGGCAGAACCCUUUCCGAUUACAACAUCCAGAAGGAGUCGACUCUCCACUUGGUGCUUAGACUGAGAGGUGGUAUGCAGAUCUUUGUGAAGACCUUGACCGGUAAGACCAUCACUUUGGAAGUGGAGUCCUCGGACACAAUCGAUAACGUCAAGUCGAAGAUUCAAGAUAAGGAGGGUAUCCCACCAGACCAGCAAAGACUUAUCUUUGCAGGUAAACAAUUGGAAGACGGCAGAACUUUGUCUGACUACAACAUCCAAAAGGAAUCCACUUUGCACUUGGUGUUGAGACUGAGAGGAGGUAUGCAGAUUUUCGUCAAGACUCUCACCGGUAAGACUAUUACCUUGGAGGUUGAGUCAUCGGACACCAUUGACAAUGUUAAGUCUAAAAUUCAGGACAAGGAAGGAAUUCCUCCUGACCAGCAGAGACUCAUUUUUGCCGGAAAGCAAUUGGAGGACGGCAGAACUCUCUCAGACUACAACAUCCAGAAGGAGUCCACUCUCCACUUGGUUCUGAGACUGAGAGGUGGAUGUUAA